AUGGAAAAACAGGAUAGCGAGGCCACAGGACACAGCCGAGCAGCACCAGCCAUGCCACCACCACCGGCUCUAGUCUCUGGAGCCGCUGGAUUGGCACCCAGGGCAGACUCGAUCUCCAUGUACACGAAUUUUAACGCACCGCGAUUGUCGACCGAUGCAUCGUUGUCAUCGUUCCUGAACAUUGCGGAGGCGCAGAAUCAGGGGUUGGGAGUCUCUCAAAUUUCGCAACAGCAGCAACAUCAACAACAAGCACAGCCCCUCCAACAGCAACAGCAAGCACAAUCCCUUCAACAACAACAACAACAGCAACAACAACAACAACAACAACAACAACAACAACAACAGCAGCAGCAGCAGCAGCAGCAGCAGCAACAACUACAACAGCAACAGCCACAAGCUCCCACAAGACCGGACUUUGGACCUUAUAGUCGAGGCUACUCGAUCAUCAACAGUUUUUGGCCUGGCAACGCUGGAAGUCAGCCUCAAGUGCCACAGCAACAUGACGCCGGUAGCCAAUUCACUACUAUGCGUCGCCAAAGUGAACAACUUGAACCCUUUAUGCCUCGUUUCAAAACACCUAGUUUUUCGUCCGGAAAAUCUGGUCCCAAUCAACUCCAGCAGCAACAACAAAUUCCGCCUCCCAGUGGAGGCAACAGGGGAUCUGAUCUUCUGAUACCAGGCUCCAAACGCAACUCUAUAUUUUUCGGUGGGGCAGAUCCACCGGAUUUGGAUUUCUUCAACACGGGUAAACGCGACUCUCAGGUUAUGAUGCGACCACCACAUAUUCUGCCGCAACGUAAUAGCUCAUCGGCCGGAGUUCCCUCUUUGAGUCGCCCUGGUUUGGCCGCUAAUUACUCGAACGUAAGCAACAAUGCUGGUGAUCUAAAUGCGAACACAACCAACGGCAACCCUGAAAACAACAACAAUGCUGUUGCAAUGCCCAAUAAUGACCCCACUCGCGUUGGAAACAAUCCUUUGAACGCUAACAUACCCACCGGCUCGGUACCUCCACCUACAACACAAGAUUCUGAUUUGGAAGCUAUCUUUAAUCAAGGUCUCUCCUCGCGGAAAAACUCUCUUAGAUUUUCUGCCGACGAUUUUGAUUUCGAUUUCAGACGGCGCGAUUCUUCCUUAAGAGGAACGUUAGAUAACCAGAAUUACGUUCCUGCAGCGCCACUUGGACCUAAUGGACCAAAUAAACUGGGAUUGCAUGAUCUGCAGACCAGAGCGAAGUCUCACUCUGCGUCACCCAUGCACAAGAAUGCCGUGGACGAGGAUGAGGAGGCUCGCAAUCCAAUACACUUAACCCCCAUGAUAAGGCAAGGUGAAUCCAGUAACGAAGUGAAGGAAGAACCGCAAGAACCUGAUUCGAAAAUGAGGCGCAAGAAUGACGAAGGGAAGAGCCCGGCGAUCAAAACCGAAUCUAUGAAAAGUCUAUUGAAUUACUUGGAACCAUCAAAAGAUCCACUGUUGGUAUCCGAUGACGGCCGGCCGCUCCUAGGUGCCACUAAAGUAGACCAGUUGAUGCUUAUGAUCCAAGCACGCAAAAAAGGUGUGACAGAUCGCAUUCCCAGACGUGCAGACGGCUCAUUACUAUUGGAAGAUGCUCCCUCCAUAAUUCCGCCAGCAAGCGAACUAGUAGGUGGUGUAGAGAAGCCCAAGGGCCGCGGCGCAAAGCAGCACGAAUGUCCUUAUUGCCACAAAUGUUUUACGCAAUCCACGCACUUGGAGGUGCACGUAAGAUCACAUAUUGGUUAUAAGCCCUUUCAAUGUGAGUAUUGUGGCAAGAGAUUCACGCAAGGCGGUAAUCUUCGCACUCAUGUUCGUUUGCAUACAGGUGAGAAACCAUACGAAUGUGAAAAGUGCGGGAGGAGGUUCUCGCGGAAGGGAAAUCUUGCGGCUCAUAGGUUGACCCACGACAAUUUAAGACCUUUUCAUUGUAAACUCGAUGGAUGUAACAAGAGUUUUACACAGUUGGGAAACAUGAAGGCGCAUCAAAAUCGCUUUCACUUACAAACUUUGAAUGCUUUAACACAAAGGCUGGCAGAAAUGGAUCCCAACGAAAAUACUGCGUCCAGCGAAAAAGAGCUACUCGAUUAUUUCGCUGACCUUUACAAAAACUCCAACAGAGGCAUCAAAGGACGCGGAAAGGGCAAUACUCGUGUCGUAACUAGCUCUUAUUCUGGAGAAAUAAGCUCUCCACAUUCUGCGCCGGCGCACCACGACUCAAAUACCAAGCCAGCAGACGACCAUGAUAGCCCGACGGCUGCACCUAAACCGGUGAGCCUUGCACAGCCUUUGGAUCCUACAGAUCGAUCAGACAUAGCUUACAAUAUCGUUUCACCAAACAAUGACCCUGCGGGAUCGUCUCUCCCGCAGGUCGGGCCUGAUCCAAUCAACCACGUAUCAGUGACGGAUCAAAAUGAGUUCCCAUUUGGGCUAAGUUCGCACGUUAAAAUGGAGCCCAACGAGCGGUAUCAAUCUCACACAAACAGGAAUACAGACAUGCACUUCAAAAAUAUCCCAUAUCACAACUAG